CCUGUACCAAGUCAGAUUUUUCUUUCUCAACUCCAUUGUGAUUAUUGUUUUUAAAAAAGCUAAUUAAAUAGUAAGUACAGCCUAGCUUUCCAGUUCCAUAUAGACAAGACGACAAAAAAUACCAAAAAAGAAUAAAAGAAAAGGCAAACGUCAGAUUUGCACCCCCUCGCAGAAAGAUUACAGCAUUGGUGUACUGUGCUCGCUCACUGCUCAACCAUAGUCCAUAAACUUUGAGAAUCAAAAAAAAAAAAAAAAAGCAUGUCAUUGAUUAGAUUCUCUCUUCCUCUCCUGCUCCUCCAUUCAAUCUCGGCAAUCUUAGCCCAAAAUAACGAUGACCCAAUUACCACAACCAUGGAGGCCUUCUCUGGUUACCCAAUUCAUGAACUCUCUCACUCAAUUGCUUCACCUUCUUCACUUUCAGUGGACACUCAAACUCUACAAAAACAAAUUGAUGAACUAUCUGCUUUCUCUGAUACACCUGCGCCAUCAGUUACUAGGGUCUUGUACUCCGAGAAAGAUGUAUUAGCACGCAGGUACAUCAAAAAUUUGAUGGGACUCUCUGGAUUAUCUGUUAGAGAGGAUGCUGUUGGUAACAUAUUUGGUCGUUGGGAUGGCUCUGAGCCAGAGCUCGCUGCAGUUGCAACUGGUUCUCACAUUGAUGCUAUUCCAUAUUCUGGGAAAUAUGAUGGAGCUGUUGGUGUUUUAGGUGCAAUUGAAGCCAUAAAUGUACUGAAAAGUUUUGGACAAUCAUAUCCUGAUUCAGACUAUCACAGAUCUGGAUUCAAGACUAGAAGGUCGUUGGAGGUCAUCUUAUUCACCUCAGAAGAGCCAACUCGUUUUGGGAUUAGCUGCUUGGGAAGCCGCUUAUUGUCAGGGAGUGAGGCACUUGCAGAAGCUCUGAAGUCAACAUUUGACAACCAAAAUAUAUCAUUUCUAGAGGCUGCUAGAUCUGCUGGGUAUGCAAAAGAUCAAGAUGAGUUGUCUAGUGUAUUCCUGAAGAAGGGAAGUUACUCUGCUUUUGUGGAGCUGCAUAUAGAACAGGGGCCCAUUCUGGAGGCAGAAGGUAUAUCAAUUGGUGUAGUAACCGCAAUUGCAGCCCCUGCAAGCAUAAAAGUAGACUUUGAAGGCAAUGGUGGUCAUGCGGGUGCUGUCUUGAUGCCAAACAGAAAUGAUGCAGGAUUGGCAGCUGCAGAGUUGGCACUAGCUGUUGAGAAACAUGUGCUAGAAUCCAGUUCAAUUGAUACUGUCGGUACUGUAGGCAUUCUUGAGUUGCAUCCUGGAGCAAUCAACAGUAUCCCAAGCAACUCACACCUAGAAAUUGACACACGAGAUAUUGAUGAAAAGCGAAGAAAUAAUGUAAUUGAGAAGAUUCAGCAAUCGGCUAUUACAAUUGCCAAAAAACGUGGUGUCAAGCUAUCAGAAUUCAAGAUCAUAAAUCAGGAUCCACCAGCCCUCUCUGAUAAGUCAAUAAUUGAGGCCAUGGAAGUUGCAUCAAAAGAGUUAAACCUGACACAUAAGUUGAUGAUUAGCAGAGCUUACCAUGAUUCAUUGUUUAUGGCUAGGAUAUCUCCAAUGGGCAUGUUAUUCAUUCCAUGUUACAAAGGAUAUAGCCAUAAACCUGAAGAGUACGCCUCCAGUCAGGAUAUAGGAAAUGGAGUGAAAGUAUUAGCGCUGACUCUCGCCAAGUUGUCUUUGUACUGAUGUAUUCAUCAUAGCUCUUCUUAGAUACUGCAUCUCCUGUGAAAAUGCAAAAUAAGAACUGUGAUAGGGAAUUGGAUGAAACCAUGCGAUGCAACCAGUGCAAGCACUUAUUGCCUUCUCUAGUGGUGGCCUGUGUUGUUUGUCUUCGAGCCAACUGCUGAGAUCUGAUAUCUGUUGCACAUUCUGUAUCAAAUUUCAUGCGAUCAAUUUGGCAUCAAUGUAAAGAAGUUCUCUUUGAAUAAAUAACAUGAAAUUAUGUGACUA